GGGCGCGGCGGCGGCGGGGCGCGGGUCGCGGGCAGCCCAGCACCGAGACCCUGGACAGCCCGACUGGAUCCCACGUGGAAUGGUGUAAACAGCUGAUAGCUGCGACCAUUUCGAGUCAGAUUUCAGGGUCUGUCCCAUCAGAAGGUGUGUCCAGAGACUACAGGGUGUACAGGAGGCCGGUUAUACGGGAGAUUCAGGAUGGACACAAUGGCUAUCAUUCUGAAGCAGAACCUGAUCAGGCACUGCGGGAUGGAAACAAACUGGCACAGAUGGAAGAGGCUCCACUUUUUCCUGGAGAAUCAAUCAAAGUUAUCGCUAAGGACGUUAUGUACAUCUGUCCAUUCAUGGGAGCAGUCAGUGGGACACUCACAGUGACGGACUUCAGAAUGUUUAUCAAAAGUGUUGAGAGGGAUCCACCUUUUGUUGUCGAUGUUCCCCUCGGAGUCAUAAGUAGGGUUGAAAAAAUUGGAGUACAGAGCCAUGGAGAAUACUCGUGUGGUAUAGAAAUAGUUUGCAAGGAUAUGAGAAAUUUGCGGCUGGCCUGUAAACAGGAAGAGCAGAACAGAUUGGAGAUCUUUGAGAACAUUGUAACACGAGCAUUUCCUGUUUCUAACGGGCUGCCUCUUUUUGCAUUCAGCUAUAAAGAAAAGUUUGCUGUUAAUGGCUGGAAAGUGUAUGAUCCAAUGGCAGAAUAUAAGAGGCAGGGAUUGCCCAAUGAGAGUUGGAAAAUAUCCAAAAUUAACAGCACCUAUGAGCUUUGUGAUACAUAUCCUGCUGUUCUUGUUGUGCCAACCAGUGUAAAGGACGAUGACCUCUCAAAAGUGGCAGCAUUUAGAGCAAAAGGCAGAGUUCCAGUGUUAUCCUGGAUUCAUCCUGAGAGCCAAGCAACAAUAACACGAUGCAGUCAGCCAUCAGUAGGCCCAAAUGAUAAGCGCUGCAAAGAAGAUGAAAAAUACUUGCAGACAAUAAUGGAUGCCAAUGCUCAGUCUCAUAAACUUAUCAUCUUUGAUGCCAGACAGAACAGUGUUGCAGAUACAAACAAGGCAAAAGGCGGAGGAUACGAAAGUGAAAGUGCCUACCCAAAUGCAGAGCUGGUCUUCCUGGAAAUUCACAAUAUCCAUGUAAUGAGAGAAUCCCUGCGGAAACUUAAAGAAAUCGUUUAUCCUACCAUUGAUGACACUCGGUGGUUAUCAAACCUGGACUCCACACAUUGGCUGGAAUAUAUAAGGAUGCUUCUUGCCGGAGCAGUGAGAAUUGCAGAUAAAAUCGAAUCUGGUAAAACCUCUGUGGUGGUUCACUGCAGCGACGGCUGGGACCGAACUGCACAGCUCACUGCACUGGCCAUGCUAAUGCUGGACAGCUACUACAGAACCAUCAAGGGGUUUGAAGUUCUUGUAGAGAAAGAAUGGAUAAGUUUUGGACACCGAUUUGCAAUGCGAGUAGGACACGGAGAUGAUGAUCAUGCAGAUGCUGACAGAUCUCCGAUUUUCCUUCAGUUCAUUGACUGUGUUUGGCAGAUGACAAAGCAGUUUCCUGCAGCCUUUGAAUUCAACGAGUUAUUUUUGAUCACCAUUCUGGAUCACCUUUACAGUUGUCUCUUUGGUACUUUCUUAUGCAACUGUGAAAAAGAGAGAUUAAAAGAGGAGGUGAGCACUAAGACUGUGUCACUGUGGUCCUACAUAAACAGCCAGUUAGAGGAGUUCACAAACCCUUUCUAUGUGAACUAUGAAAACCACGUCCUGUAUCCUGUUGCCAGCCUGAACCAUUUGGAACUGUGGGUGAACUACUACGUCAGGUGGAACCCGAGGAUGCGGCCUCAGGUUCCAAUCCACCAAAAUCUGAAAGAGCUCCUGGCCAUCCGGGCAGAGCUUCAGAAGAAGGUUGAAGAUUUGCAGCGGGAAGCUGCUACACGUUCCAUUUCUUCCUCCUCUGACAGAGGUUCAUCUCCCUCCCAUUCUGCCACGCCAGUGCACACCUCUGUGUGAUGUGGAACAAAAGCCAUGUGAAAAAAAGCAGCAUCAGGUAAUACAGAGAGGAGGGUGAAAUGCUUUUCCCAUCACAAAAGGAUUGUGAGUGACUUGUAAUUGCUAUGAUCUACAUGCCUUAUUCUGUGUCUGAUAUUAUCACAAUGAGGCCAAAAAGAGCUUCAAUAGAUGUGAUGUAUUUUCUUGUUGGCAGUUCCCACAUGUGUUUUGACAUUCUAGCUAAAUCACCAAUUGUGAAAUUAAACUUUGUUUUGAGCAACUAACAAUUUAACCAUCCUAAAAAGGAAUCCAUCUGCCAAGCAGACAGAAAAAUGCCUCUCACACUGCGUAGGGUACCAUGCCUGGUUGAGAGAAUCAGAUGAAACGCCACAUGAUGCUUACACAGAACGUUUUUCUGAAUGGGAGCUCCUUAUUUCACUCAGUAAUAUAUAUAUAUUUUUUUUUGCUAGAGCGAUUUAUUUUUUUUAGGGUGAUGCACUUGGAAAUUGAUUUUAAAAUAAAUGUUUUCCAGUGUAGUCAGUUUUACAUUUUGACUAAAUAUGCCAUUAAAAGUGGAUGCAGUUAAGCUGGAUUUAUCGAGUACACCACACUGACUUGUAUGAUGUAAUAUAUUUGGUAAAGCAUGUAUUUUAGGUUUUUUAAUGCCUUUUGUACAAGUUGAAAUAAAGUCUUUUGACUGUUUAGCUUAUUGUUCAGUUUCAGCCUCCUGGGCGAGGGGUAAACUUACUCAUGUCAAGGUCUUGUACAAAGUAAAAGUUUGUUUUCUAGCAAAUGGUAAUAUUUGGGGUUGGAAUGACACCCAGCUGUGUAAAUUGUAUAGUCUGUAUAGCUCCACAUUGUUAAGUGUGUUUUGUUUCAGAGUGUACACACGAAACGCAAAGCUGUGUGCAUUUAUGCCCAUGUGUAUGUGAUGUUAAACAUAUGCAUCCUCCCGUGGGUUUAAGCUGUGUGUUCAGAAAAUGGAUCCUGCCUGUCCAAAAUCUUUUGAGGACCUUAACUUGCAAUGACUUUGUUUGACAAAGUUUUUGAGUAAUAUGAUAAUAAUUGGUUUUCUUGAAAUAAAGCCUCUUGGCUUUUUGUUUUUUAA